AUGCAGAACUUCAAAGCAAUUGCAUUGUUCACUCUCUUUCUUCAUGGCUUUUCAGUAUACGCCAAUCCGCUGCUGGACAGCAAUCUUGACGUACCUUUGAGACUACGCAGACUAGAUCGACCACUCAUUCAACGACGCACUUCAAUCGACUUCCUAUCCCACGAAAAUGCCUCAGAUAUUAAGACAGAAAUCAUAACAAUCCCUGCUGAGAGACUUCUCGCGCGAGCAGAUUCCACUUCCGUGCCAACCUUUGACGAAACAGCAUUCAAUCAAAGCGUCACAACUGCAUGCGCCAAUGCCGUCAACAGCUAUGCAGAGGCAAUCAAUCCCAGCGGCCUCGUUGCAUGCUACAAUAUUGCUUCCUUCGAUAACGCCACGGGCAUCUUUCAGACUGAUGUACGCCUGUAUCAGAAAUCGGCUGCCACGGGCUCCUUUGGAGGGUUGAUUCCUUCUGAUCUUUCCAUGUCGUUUUCGAUUGCGCAGGCGACGCUUUCGAAUCCGAUGCUUGUGAGUACGAAUGGGUCUAUCACCGCUAGUACGGCUGCAAGCGGUCAGUUUGUGAUGGGAUUUCAGAAUAUUGGACAGUUGAGUACGAGUUUGACGUUUUCGAAACUCAGCGUUGACGAUCUCCGUAUCCUCAUGAUCCCAUCAAUUUCUCUUGGUGCAGACUCUCAAACUGGGGGUACCGUCAACACAUCCCUUUCAUCCGACACACUCUCCUAUGUAGCCGGUGAACUCGUACAAGCCAACGGCACACCGACAAAUAUUACCACUCCGCAAGCAGCCAGUCUCGCAAGCCCGAUAGUGGCUGCUGCAUCAGUAUUUGUUCUGCCAGGGACGCAUAUCAAAAUUGCUCCCGUGGGGCUGAUUAUUACAUGUAUCUGGACGGGAUUGUUGCUUUUGGCUGUCGGUGGAGGCACUAUUGGACGCUAUCAGUUCAGGGUUCAUUACAGGCAGCGAGUUCAGCGUGCAUUGGUUAACCAGAGCAUUCCUUACUAG